AUGCACGGCAUCGAAUCGCAGUACGGCCACAAGGGCAUCCCGGCCUUCCAGGUGCUCGAUGAUGUGGUGCGCUACCUCUCCGACCGCCAGCGCUUUCCGGCCCUCAAGGAAAUCGUGAUGGUCAGCCACUCGGCAGGCGCACAGCUGAUGCAGCGCUACGCCGUGGUCAACGACCUCGAUGCCGGUCUCAAGGCCCAUGGCCUGACCAUCCGCUACGUGAUCGCCAGCCCGUCGAACUACCUGUACGUCGACGAAAACCGUUUGCAGGACGGCGCGUUCGCCCCCGUCGUGAGCAUCCUGUGCCCCAGCUACAACCGCUACCGCUACGGCAUUGAAGCCGCCCCGGCAUACCUGCAAAUGCAGCACCUGACCGGGCGCCAGCUGUUCACCCGCUACGCCGCACGGGACGUGACCUACCUCGUAGGCGCCCAGGACAACAACCCCACCAGCCGCGUGCUGGACAAUUCCUGCGGGGCCAAUUACCAGGGCGAAACCCGGCUGCAGCGCCAACUGACGUACGUCGGUUAUGAAGGCUUCCUGUCGAACAAAUGGCGGGUGCCGCUGCGCCAUCCGCAGUACACGAUCCCCGGUAUUGGCCACAACGCCGCACGGUUGUUCGGCGAUAAGGACGUCGCCCGGAUCCUCUUCCCG